GGCAUCGGUUGGAAGCAGUCGUCUUUGACAACAUUACACAAUUUUGUUAGAGUUAUUCAUACUACUACAAAUCAUGCAUAUUAUUUUUACAAGUAUAUAUUUCUCAAUGAAUUGCAAGCAGACCCUCAAUGUGACCUCAAAGAAUAUAUCAACAAAGAAUUUUUUGCUGAAGUAUGGCUUUCUUUGGUAGACUAUACAAAGGGAAAUGCUCGUGCAGAAAAAGUUAUAAAGUAUCGCAAUUAUAUUAGCCGCUAUUUACCAAGCUAUCUGAAUAUCACA